AUGCCAGAAGCGCACGCCGCAGGCGCAGGCAGCAGUCCCAACGCCCACGGCCACCGCACGCCCACGGGCACGCGCAGGCCGCCCGGCACGCCGCAGGCGCACGACGCAGGCCGCACGAGGAGGCCGGACGCGCAGCCGGACGCGCACGGCACGCCCACAGCCGGCCGCACCCGGCCCGCGCAACCCGCAGGAGCAGCAAGCCGCCUCGCGCACACGCAGCCGCACCCCGCCCGCGCAACGCGCGGCACCCAGCACGCGCACGCAACGCCGCCCGCGCACAUCAUCCGCACGCCUCCCUCUCAACUCUCGUCAACCCUCACGCGCACUCACGUCCGCACUCGCACGCCGCACACGCACCCCGCCGCGCAAACGCGCUGCACCCUGCACGCGCACGCACGCCGCCCGCGCACACGCACGAUCAUCCGCCGCGCAACUCGUUCACCCCCACGCGCAAGCACUCCGCACUCGCACUCCUCACACGCACCCCUCCCGCGCAACGCGCUGCACCCAGCACUCUGCCGCACUGCCCCCUCUCAACGCAUCGCCGUCACGUCCGCCCUC